CUGGGUCUGCUGUCCCGGCUGCGAGGUAGGAGCCCCUGGUGCAGCCACCUUGUGGUUGUGCCUCAGUGCCGGGCGGAGGCGACGCGGCGUCGCCGGCGGGAGGUGUGGCGUGGCCGUGCCUGGGUUCCUGGGGCCGCCCGUCUCGGAGCCUCGCCAGGCCCGCGCUUGCCAGGGCAGACCCGGGACCAGAGGCCGCUGGCGCCCUUCGCCCAGAAGUGUAUGGUAGAGCUGAAAAAGACAACCGACCAAGGGUGGCCUAAAACUGUAACUGGCUCUCUGAUAAUCCCAGGACAAGAUCACUGUUCAGGCAUAAGACCACUACAAAGAUGUUUGACAUAAAGGCUUGGGCUGAGUAUGUUGUGGAAUGGGCUGCAAAGGACCCAUAUGGCUUCCUUACAACAGUUAUUUUGGCCCUUACUCCACUAUUUCUAGCAAGUGCUGUAUUGUCCUGGAAAUUGGCCAAGAUGAUUGAAGCCAGGGAAAAGGAGCAAAAGAAGAAACAAAAACGUCAAGAAAAUAUUGCAAAAGCUAAACGACUAAAAAAGGAUUGAAGGAAUGAACAGGCUCUGCCACCAAAGGAAAAUUUGGAAAAUUAUGCAAAUUUGGAGGGACUCACCAAGGUUUCUUUUCUGGAUUUUAUGGCAGUAUUAUUUAGUAAAUGAAGUCUGAGUAUAUGAAAGAAUCAUGUUAGUUCUGACCUCUACUAUAGCUAGCAACUUUUAGGCCUCAAUGUAGAAGUCUGUUGACAAUUAUUGUAAAUUGGCAUUUAUUGUGCUAUAAAUUCUUUAUAACUAAGUCAUUUGGCAUUUUGCAGCUUAAGUACUGAGGUGAAAACAUCCUGUGGAGAAAAAUGGCUUUAGAUGAUAAAGUCUAUUCCAAUAAUGGUUUAAAUAAGGUCCUGUUCUGGACAAAAAGCAAUUAAGAAUGUAAAAAUCAGAAUUGUCCUGAGGUUAAAAGUGUGCUUUGGCUUGAAAGAGAUAUAUAUAUAUUAUAUCUUUUAUCAUUAUUGCUUAUUUCUUGGAAUAGAAUCAUUUCUGGCUUUCUCAGAGUUCAAGAAUAUUAAUGAGUACUUCUAUUUUCUGCAUUUUUCUCAUUUAGCCUUUAAUCAUCAGACAUUCUGCAAUUUUUUAACAGAUCUAACUUUAUAAAGAAUUCUCUAAUUAUCUUGACUAUGUAGAAUACCACCCAGUGGAUGUAACCGUUUUUGUACUUAUAAACGGUGCCGUUUUCUUAGAGAUGGCUUGCUGAGUAGAGUAGCACUAUGAUUUAAAGCUUGCAGUAAAAAUGCCAAGUCUUGUAGGACCUUGGAACCAGUUUCUUCUUAUUUGUGCUAAGUAGAAAUGUGAAGCAGUUGAAAUGGUUUAUCAGAAAAUUUGCUGAUUACAUACAUUUUUGUUUUUUAUUCGAUUCUUUGUUUUAACUAAUACAGUAGUGAUUUCCUGUACUUUCUGAUUAAACAGGUUCACAGUAAAAAUUAAAAUUUCAAAUUUCUCUUAUGGAACUCCUAAAGAGUAACAGCCAAGUCACAUUUUAUAAGUGGUAAAGAAAGACAACAUUUGGAAAAAUUUUUUUCAGCAUAGUAAGUGGGUGAAAAAUGUAAAUGUCAGUGAGAAUGUGUCAUAAUUAGGAAUAAAGAGCUAAAGGAUAUUUCCUUCAGUUAAGUAGUAUAACUAACUUUUUACUAUUAAACAUGGCUUUUAUAAAUG